AAGGUCAUCAUGUUGAUACUUUUUCUUGCAAUAUCGCUCCAGGCAGGAAUUUCUCUUGCACAAGAUAGCACCCUCUAUUGGUGUGAAUGUUCCCUAUUAAGAGAAAAUGGCUCCUUGGGUGAAAUUCAGCCUGUCCUAGAGGAGCUUACUGGAGCAUUUGUGAACCUUGAUGAUCGUACAGAAUGUAUCCCCGGAGACUUGAACAUUUGUGACCAGUACUGUAGAGACCAAAUCAGAAGUGGAAACCUCACUUUCGAAACUGUAAUUGCAGAUGGCUCUGAUCAUGAAAAUGAAACCUAUGGAGAUCAUAUGUGUCAUGAGAUCCAUGAAUACAAUCCAUCAGAGCUUCCGAUUGGAUCCCCAGGCUACCGAGUGUUUGCCUUCUCUCGUAUGCAAGAAUGUGUUACGCUGGAUACAACAUGGUACACAUUCAUCGAAUCCCAGUUUGACCCACCUAACAAUCUCUGUUGUGAUGCCAAUGAACAUUAUGUUAAAUGUAAUGCAGAAAUUAUGUUGAAUAAAUAAUUGAUUGAACCCUUGAA